AUGGGCCAUUUUGAGGAAGUCACGGCGGGUUAUGAAAUGUGCUGCCCCUUGUGCCUGUUUACCAGCAAGCCACAGUGUGAUGGUCAGACAGAUCAGGCCGAGCGUGCUGAUGGUGAUGGCUGCCGUGAGCAGUUGGAUCCAUCCGCGGUGGUUGGAAUGGUGCCUUCCUCUGUGUGGUCCCUGGUCAUUGGUUGUGGAGCCCUCUUGCAGCAGGUGAUUUUCAAUGACCCGAUCCAUGGACACAUUGAGAUGCAUCCACUCCUCGUCCGGAUCAUUGACACUCCACAGAUGCAGCGGCUCCGGUUCAUCAAACAGCUUGGCGGGGCAUACUUUGUGUUUCCGGGAGCCUCCCACAACAGAUUUGAGCACUCCAUCGGUGUGGCAUAUCUGGCAGGCCAGUUGAUUAAAGCUCUCGCUGAGCGACAACCAGAUCUUGAUAUAAGCCAGAGAGACAUUCUGUGUGUGAAGGUAGCUGGACUCUGCCAUGAUCUGGGUCAUGGCCCAUUUUCACAUCUGUUUGAUCAAAAAUUUAUCCCUAAAGCUCGAGGAAAUGAUUUUGGCUGGAAGCACGAAGAAGGUUCAAGGGCCAUGUUUGACCACAUGAUCAAGACCAAUAAGCUGGAGGGUAUUUUCCAGGACUAUGGCCUUGUGUUACCAAAAGACCUUGACUUCAUCAAAGAACAGAUCGCGGGACCUGAAAAGUCCAAUAAAAAUCCAUGGCCAUAUAAGGGUCGUCCCAAAGAGAAAAGUUUUCUUUAUGAAAUCAUUGCCAACAAAAGGAAUGGGAUUGACGUUGAUAAGUGGGAUUAUUUUGUCAGGGACAGUCACCAUCUGGGAAUCCAGAACAACUUUGACUUUGGACGCUUCCUCCGGUUUGCUCGAGUUUGUGAGGUAGAUGGAACGAAGCCGAUUUGCACUCGAGAUAAGGAAGCUGGUGACAUGUAUGACAUGUUUCACACGCGCUACACUUUGCAUCGCAGAGCCUUUCAACACAGAGUGGUCAACAACGUCGAGAGCAUGAUCACAGAGGCAUUGCUGCUUGCAGAUCCACACUUCAUGAUAACUGGUAAAAAUGGGAUCAAGUGUACAAUGUCCAGAGCAAUUGAUGACAUGGUGGCUUACACCCAACUCACAGACUGUGUCUUUGAAAACAUCCUGAAUUCAUCUGACCCUGCAUUGAGCAAAGCACAGGAAAUCCUGAGAAAUCUUGUGCAGCGCAAGCUAUUUAAAUUCAUCAGGGAGGCUCGAUUUGCAGAGAAAACAGAAAAUUUAGAGAAUGAAACAAAAAACUUGCUUCAGAAAUUGGUUGAAGCUACCAGAUUGAAGGCAGAAGAUUUCAUUGUAGCUAUUAUUCCGAUGGACUAUGGGAAGAAGGAGAAAGAUCCCUUUCAGAAUACCUUAUUCUACACAAAAGAGAACCCGAAUGUCACAAUCAAAAUCUCUAAAGAUCAGGUGUCUCAUCUGCUGCCAGUGAGGUUUGCAGAGAAGCUGGUCCAAGUGUACUGCAAGAACAUGGAGAUGGAUGCAGAGACAGUGAAAAAAGCCAAAGUCCAAUAUGAAGUCUGGCACGACGAGCUGAGGAACCGUACUGAUCCUGCUCCUGGGCCUAAUUAGAAUGACAGUGACAGUGAAAGUGACAAUUUGAUCCCAAAAGUGACCUCCAGUUCCAUCACCGUGACCACAGGCCCAAGAUGAAGCUUUUCAAAUAGAGAAAAUGGGAAUUUCCUGUGGAAGCUGGGAGUCUUGUUCUAUUCAAGUAAUGGAGUUACUUUCAUCUGGAAUCACUUAGUCACCUCAGAUCCUGACCUUUGGGGCUGUCACGCCUGGCGACACUUCUGAUUAUUUUCUCAUUUUAAUGACAGGUACCUCUCAUGCAUAGGAACCUAUAUGUGAAUGUAUAUGUAGCUAUAUAUUUUAUUGCUUGGUGAGGGAGUAUGUCUGUUGUUAUAAAUCUACUAAUUGUUUCAGAUGUUCUAUUCAGCAUACAAUGUGGUAUAGUACCAACUGAAUUUUGGUCAUGGGAGCCUCGGAGAAACUGUUGAAAUAGUUAUAAUGUCUCUUCUGACACAGUUAUGACAAGGCUUAUUGCACUCAGUUUCAUAAUGGAGUAGGUUUGGUGGAGUCUGACAUGUGAAUAUUGUUGUGGAGAUUAGUGGACAGUCCAUGGCACAGUGAUUCUUGGUCACUGUAUUGAAGAUAA